UUCUUGCAAGGUGCUGCAGCUUUUCAGGAUUGGUGUUGAUCGGCACCAUGAAAGACUUUGCAUAGUUGACCCUAAGACCAGUUGAGUCACCAAAGGAUUGUAGGAGAGCUUUUAAGGUCCAUAGUUGUCUGCCACAGGCUUUUUGAGACUGGCGAACAGUAUUUUGACUCCGCGUCUCCGCGGCGGGUUCAUCGAUGCUAUUCGAGACUGGACAUCUGACCGACCCACCUACACCUACAGUUGCUGCCCUGGCCCUGCCCUUGCUUAGCAACUUCACAAGGAAUAAGCGUCACAAGACUAGCGGCAGCAGCCAGCAGGCAGAGAGGCUCAAGCAGUUGCGCCUUGUUUCCUUGUGCAGCAGAUCCAGUUCCGAUUUGCCUGCGCGCACACCUUGGUUGGUAUUUUGGAGAUGCCAGAGGCAAAAGCAGCAGCAUAUCUCGUCUGAGAUCCAGCGCCUUCCGCUCCUGCUGCUUAGUGCUUACACCAGUAAUUUCAGACUCUUCAGAGGGAUAAGAAGGCUCUAAAGCUCUGGCUGCAAAUUAAUUAAGAAGCACUUCAUCAGCAUUCAACAAUCAAGAGGCUACAAGUGUCGGCUACAUUUGUUUGCGCAGGAAAUCUGGGCGAAAGAAGGUGCUCACAGAAACGUGGUUGGUAUGGAAGCUGCUGCAGUGUCUGCAGCAGUAUCUGGAACGUUGAAGCUUGUGUGCAACAAGUUAGCUCCACUGGUCACCAAAGAGUAUAGCUCUAUAGUGGGUGUGAAAGAGGACCUCCGGGAACUCCAAGAUCUAGCUCAGGAGAUCACUAGCCGGCUGGAAGCAGCAGAAGACAGAUCUAUAGGGGAUGCUCCAUUUCUGAAAAAGUUGAAAGAAGCUGUUUAUGAGGUUGAUGAUGUUGUGGAUGAGUUCCAACUGAAGGCUGAAAAACAAGAAGCUGAUGGUGAUGGUGGUUUUGUGUCCAGAUACCUGUGCACAAAACCAAAAUCACUUGUAUUUCAAUGCAAGGCUGCCAAAAAGAUAAAGAAAAUCAAGAAGACCUUUGAUGACAUUGCUAAGCAAAUAGCUGUUUUGAAUACAGUUGUUGGCCGUGAUACUAGAAGCUAUAUGAACAAUACAGUUGUGAACAAGGAAACAUUGCCCAUUGUGGAUGAGGCAGCAGUAAUUGGAAGAGAUCAAGAGACGGAUGAUAUAAUAUCUGAGCUGCUAAAGGAUGAUGACCAACAGAGAAUCAAGGUAGUUUCAAUAGUUGGACUUGGUGGCUCCGGGAAAACUACCCUGGCUCAGUUGGUUUUCAAAAAACUUGAAACUAUGGAGAAUAAUAAUUUUACAGCUAAACUAUGGGUUCAUGUGUCACAGGAGAAAUUUCAACUUGGAAAAAUUCUCAAGAAGCUAUUUGAAGCUAUUUCUGAUGAGAGAUCCGAAGGACUUCCCUUGAUGAAUAUCGUCAAUAGAAUAUCAGACAGGUUGGCCAACAGGAGGUUUCUGCUUGUAUUGGAUGAUGUUUGGGUUGAAGACUGUAAUAAAUGGCAACAGUUAAUGGUAUAUUUGAAGAAUGGCUCGUCAGGAAGCAGGAUUCUACUCACUACUCGUAGUAGAAAUGUUGCUACAACAGUCGAGUCGACAGCAGUAAUUGACUUGCCAUUGUUAUCUAAGGAUUACAGCUGGCAAGUGUUUCAGCAAAGCUUCGGCAAUGCUGUGAAAGAUUUGGACUCUGAAUUUCAAGAAGUUGGGAAAGAGAUUGUGAACAAGUGUGGUGGGUUGCCGCUACCAAUUAAAGUUCUUGCAGGCGUUCUCCGUGACAAGAAACGAGUAGAACAAUGGCGUGCCAUAAAAGAUAAUAAUUUAUUAGAUGUCGAUGAUAAAGAACGUCAAGUAUCUGCUUGCUUGCGGUUGAGCUAUUUUAACUUGCCAUCUCAUCUAAGGCAGUGUUUCACAAUAUGUUCAAUUUUUCCCAAAGGUCACUUGAUUGAUAAAGACCAAUUGAUUGCUCAUGAUAUGAUCCCAGAAAGCAGUGUUAACUACUUGGAAUAUAUUGGUGAUGACUACUUUAAUCAUCUUGUGCAAAUGUAUUUCAUACAAGAUGUGAAGGAAACAUGGGAUGGAAGAGUAAGGUGUAAGAUGCAUGAUUUGGUGCAUGAUCUUGCCCGAUUCAUUUUGGGUGAUGAGAUUUCACUUGCUGUGCCAGAGAAGGCAACCAAUUUCACAAAGACUUGCAGGUAUUUUUCUAUGAUGGAACAGACAAGACAUAUUCCACCCAAAAAUACAUUUCAAAAGGCACGUGCUAUGUAUAUUGCUAAAAAUGAUAGUUUCAUAUUUGGAAAGGCAUUGAAGAAUGCAAAACACUUACGCAGUUUCACUGUGGAAGAUAUGCAUACAUCUGCACUGACAGCCAUACUACAGACCAAAAAUCUAAGAGCCGUACUACAGACCAAAAAUCUAAGGUACCUUAACAUUUCAGAAUUGAAACAUGAAACACUUCCUGAGGUUAUUUCAGAAAUUUGGAGUCUGCAAGCUCUUCAUGUAACAUCAAGUGACCUUGUCAAGUUACCUGAAUCCAUUGGUAAGCUGCAGAAGUUGAGAGUGGUCAACUUUUCAUACAGUCGGAGUCUAACAGGUUUGCCAGAUUCUAUUGGCAACUGUGCCAUGAUUUCUAGCAUAGACCUUUCUAGUUGUCUGAAAGUUGCAACUUUACCAAGCUCUAUCAGCAGAAAUAGAAGGCUAAGGGUAUUGAGGCUAGGUCAUACCAUAAUUGAGAUGCUACCAUCAAGUAUCACCACACUGGAAAAUCUGGAGUGUUUGGACCUUCAGUACUGUUCUAGGUUGGCUGAGUUGCCUGCAGGCAUAGGGAACUUGAAGAAGCUUGUUGUUCUGAACCUGAAAGAAUGUGAAAAGUUACGAGCCAUUCCAAAAGGGAUUGCACAGCUUACUCGACUUGAAACGUUGGGACUAUUUGUUAUGGGAGAGGAUAAUGAAAAUUAUGCACAAAUAUCAGAUCUUGAAAACAUUAAUAAGAUUAGUGGGGAACUAACUAUUUGUGGCAUUGCACAUGGCACAGACCCAGAUGUUGAACACAAGGAAUGGUUGAAGCAGAAGACAAACUUACAGAACCUGAGACUAGAUUGUGCAAGGGAUGUGGGGGUGAACUCUGAAAAUCAGCUAGACGGGUUGGAACCACCGCCUGGAAUUAAAAACCUCAAAAUUGUCCAUUAUUCAGGUCAGGAAUCCACAAAGUGGAUGUUUCGUUUCCGACUAUUGAGCAGGUUGAUACUAUCAGAUUUCCCAAAAUUAGAGCGUUUGGAGGGGCUAACAGAGUUGCCUUGUUUGGAAACGCUUGUGCUCGAAGAAAUGGCUGCUCUUAAAAGCAUAAGCGGAGGUCCAUUUCCUUCACUGUCUGUGAUAUAUAUGUAUGGAAUGCCAAAUUUGGGUGUAGUUUGGAUGGUAACAGAGGGAAGCUUGGCUGACGUGGAAGAGGGGCAACUGCAGAUUGGUGAUCAUCUAUCAGUUCUAAGAAUAUUUGAUUGUCCCAAACUGAUGGUGAUGCCAUACUUUCCUUGGUCGCUGAAGCGCCUGCGUUUGGCUAGGAGCAACGUGCAGCUGCUGGGACUGCCAGGCCUAGGCCAAGGAUCCUCAUUGCCUUCAAGUAGUGCAGGAUUGUCUUCUUUUAGUUUCAGCCGCCUAAAGGAGCUUGAACUAUAUAUGCCACCACCAGCAAAAGCAGGAUAG